CUUUCUCCUAUGCCCAUUUCUCCCCGAUGGGACUCGCUCGCAAACGGCCCCCGCAUGCUGCUGCAGAGCCCAAUGUCGCCGCUGCCGCCGCGGUCGCCCUCGCAGAAUAGCUGAGGACGGCUGCCCGCGCCUCUGCAGCUCGACUCGUCAGGCGGCGCCCUGAUGACAAAGUCCAUGCGUGCCCACGCACCCGGGCGCACGCCAGAGACCCCUGCCGUCGAGAACUUUUCUAGACCCCGGAAGCAAAGUAUUAGGUCGCCCCCUGUCGGCGGCCCAGGUAACCUCCGGCUGGCCUCCCUCCCUCCCUCGGAUCGCAUCCCGGAGAUGACCAGCGUUUCACCUGCCUCCACGCCCUCCUGGCAGCGCCCCCGACGUCCCUCUGUCUCCUCAAAAUCCUCACUCUCCUAUGCCGUCUCUCCAUCCUUUCCCCCUACUGCCGAAUAUCUCGAAUCGAGUCGCUCGUCCAGAAGCACGUCUGCACAACCUCCAAUCGCCGGCCAUCGUCCCCAGCUGGGCCAUCCCAAUCGCAUUGACAGCCCGGUCAGCGUUGCCGCGCCCGGUGGGCCAGCUCCUUGGAUGAGCGACGACGAACUGCGAUCCAGCUACAGGUCCCAGCUUACAUCAUCGUCUGCCUUUGGCACCGCCCUCACCGAGCGCAGCAGCGUCCUGACCAAGGACAGCUCCGUCCUGUCCGUCUACGGAAACGAGGUCGACGCACAAGCAGACGCACCCGCUGAAGCUGACGCAGACGCUGACCCUGACGCCGACGAACCGAGCUUGGAAGAUGUUAUGGGCAUGUACGAGAGAGGCUUCUACUGCGCCGAGACCGAAACCGACCCCGUUCCUGACAACAUGAUUAGCGUCAUGCACCGCCCUGUGACCUCGAGGUCCGAGCCGGGCCCUGAGCGCAUUCACAGCGACGACUUCAGUGCCGACCCGGUGCCCCCGGUGCCGGCGACCCAUUCCGCGCUGGACAUGGAGAUUCGGCAGUCCAAGAUGCUCUUCUCCAGCACAGCCUUCACGUCCACCGUGCCCGCCCUCACCCAUGACCAUGACCUCGACCACGACCCCGAACACGACCUGGAGUUUCCGGAGAAGCGCGACUCGUCCAGGACCGUUGAGUCGAACCCCUCGGUAGAGUCGGACGGCCUCCGCACCGACGCGAGAGGCACCACGCCCAGCCCGAGUCCGUCGCGCAUCUCGCCGCCCUCGAUGCCCGAGUCCCGAUCGGUAUCCCCUUCGCCAUCCGUGCAGCUCCCUGUGCCCAAGCCCGAGGAGCCGGGCUCGCGCGAUCGGUACGGCUUCAAGAAGGAGAACCAGUUCAUCACCCGGCAGCAGUACGAUGCCUGGGACAAGGUCUACUCUCAGUAUCUCGCCCGCCGCCGCAAGAAGUGGACGGCCUACCUCAAGGACAGCGCCCUGAUGACGGACCGCCCCCAGCGCUUCCCGGCACCCAACGCCAAGACGAAGCGCUUUGUACGCAAGGGCAUCCCGCCCGACUGGCGCGGCGCCGCGUGGUUCUACUACGCCGGCGGACCGGCCAUUUUGGCCAAGCACGGGGGUCUCUACGACAAGCUGCUGCUGAGACAAGCCAAGCACGUCGACAUUGAGGCCAUUGAGCGAGACCUGCACCGGACGUUUCCCGACAACAUCCAGUUCAAGCCUUCCCAGGCCACCGCGGAUAUGCUCGAUUCCACGACCAGCAGUGAGCGGGCGAGCCAGUCCACGGUGAGGGGAGCAGCCCUCGACGGCAGCGGACCCGGCCCCGUCGGCUUGGAGGGCGAGCCGCCGCUGAUUGCCUCUCUGCGCCGCGUUCUGCUGGCGUUUGCCGUCUACAACCCCCGCAUCGGAUACUGCCAGAGCCUCAACUUCAUCGCCGGCCUCCUGCUCCUGUUUGUCGACACGGAGGAACAGGCUUUCUGGCUGCUCAACGUCAUUACGCACAUUUACCUUCCCGGCACGCACGAGAUGAGCCUGGAAGGCUCCAAGGUGGACCUGGGCGUGCUGAUGACGGAAAUCCGCGACACCAUGCCUGCUGUGUGGGAUAAGAUUGGAGGAGAGCUGGACAACAGCGACCCGCAAGCGAGACCUAUGACGAGCAAGUCGGUCCGGAACCCUCUGACGCCUCGGCUCAAGAAAAAGGACACUCACCUUGCGCUGUCGUCUGAACGGCUCCCUCCCAUCACCCUGUGCAUGACGGCGUGGUUCAUGAGCUGCUACAUUGGCACCCUCCCCAUCGAGACGACGCUGCGUGUCUGGGACGUCUUCUUCUACGAGGGAUCCAAGACGCUGUUCCGAGUUGCCCUGGCCAUCUUCAAGCUGGGUGAGGCCGAGAUCAAGGCGAUUGGGGACCCGAUGGAGAUGUUUGGCGUGGUGCAGUCGAUGCCCCGCAAGAUGCUCGACGCGAACAAGGUGCUGGAGACGUGCUUCAAGCGGCGCAACGGCUUCAACCAUCUGAGCCAGGAGGUGAUUGAGGAGCGCCGGCAGGAAAGACGCGACAAGGCGCAGCAGGAUCUCCUCCUGCGAUCGCGCAGUAAAGCUGCGACUGCUCCUGGGGCUAGCACCAGCAAGGAGGCUGACGGGGAGCGAAAGGGCGGCAGCCUGUUUGGGCUGAUGAAAUAACCACUUAAUACCGACAGGGGAAGGUUGGCUUGUUGCAUUGAUACCACUUGUGUCUAUUCACUGUUUUUUUUCUUCUUCUUUCUUCUUCUUCUUCUUCCUCUUCUUCUUCUUCUUCCUCCUCCUAUUCACUCCUCUCAUACAUUAUAAUCCUCGAUCUUCUCAUUUCGAUUCAUAGCACGGCAGGCGUUUGAGGGAGAUGCCAGGAGUGGCCUUGGAGAACGGCCACGAUGCAUCUGCAUGAAGCAUUAGCAUUGCGUUUACCUCUU